AGCAUCACCAACGAAGAAAAAUCAAGGACACCACCGGCCUUGUCAUCCUGCAUCCAACAGGAAGUUUGUUCUUGGUGGAUAGAUAGAGACCGGACCUGCAAGAACUAAACGCAAAUCGCCGCCAUGGCCGACCUCCCACUCUACCUCCUCUUGAUCUCUCUGCUCGUCGCCAUCCCACUCUUCUGCUUCCGCCGGUCAGCGCGCGGGCACGGCAGCGCGCUACGGCUCCCGCCAUCGCCAUGGGCGCUGCCGGUCAUCGGCCACAUCCACCACCUCGCGCUCGCGGGCGCGCUCCCGCACCGCGCCAUGCGCGACCUCGCGCGGCGCCUCGGCCCGCUCAUGCUGCUCCGACUCGGCGAGCUCCCGGUCCUCGUCGCGUCCUCGGCCGACGCGGCGCGCGAGAUCAUGCGGGCAAACGACCUCGCCUUCGCGACGCGGCCCAUCAGCCCGACGGCGAGGGUCUUGCUCGGCGAGGGCAGCUACGGCAUCGUCUUCGCGCCCUACGGCGACGGGUGGCGGCAGCUCCGCCGGAUCUGCACCACGGAGCUCUUCUGCGCGCGCCGCGUCCGGUCGUUCAGGGCCGUGCGCGAGGAGGAGGUCCGCCGCCUCCUCCGCUCCGUCGCCGCGUCGGCUUCUGAGUUAGCCUCGCCGGUGAACCUGAGCGAGAUGGUGUCGGCGUACGUGGCCGACGCGUCGGUGCGCGCCAUCAUCGGCAGCAGGUUCAGGGACAGGGAGACGUUCCUGACGCUGCUGGAGCGGCGGCUGAAGAACGUGCCCGCGCAGAGCCUGCCGGAUCUCUUCCCGUCCUCGCGGCUGGCGAUGCUCAUCAGCACGACGCCGCGCCGGAUGAGGAGCCAGCGAGAGGAGAUGAUGGCGUUCAUCGACACCAUCAUUCAGGAGCACCAAGACAACAGAGCCGCCGCCGGCGUUGAUGAAGAGGACUUGCUCGACGUGCUCUUGAGGAUACAGAGGGAGGACGAGCUGGAUCCACCACUCACCACCGAGAACAUCAAGGCCGUCAUCAUCGAUAUCUUUGGCGGGAGCAGCGAGACGUCGGCGACCACGCUCCAGUGGAUCAUGGCGGAGCUCAUGAGGAACCCGAGAGUGAUGCGCAAGGCACAAAACGAAGUCCGGCGCGUCCUCGCCGGGCAGGAGGUCGUCACGGAGGACAACCUCGGCGAGCUACGUUACCUCCCACUGGUCAUCAAGGAGGCGCUCCGGCUGCACCCUCCGGCGACGUUGCUGAUUCCACGGGAGUGCCGGAGCCCAUGCCAGGUCCUCGGCUUCAACGUGCCGGCUGGAGUGAUGGUGCUCGUGAACGCGUGGGCGAUCGGCAGGGACCCGAGCAACUGGGACGCGCCGGAGGAGUUCAUGCCGGAGCGGUUCGAGAACAGCGACGUCGACUUCAAAGGGUCGGACUUCGAGUUCAUCCCGUUCGGCGCCGGGCGGCGGAUGUGUCCGGGCAUAGGGUUUGGCCUGGCGAACAUGGACCUCGCGCUCGCCUCUCUCCUUUACCACUUCGAUUGGAAGCUGCCGGACGGGAUGGAGCCCGGCCAGCUAGACAUGACGGAGGCGCUGGGGAUCACGACCCGCCGCCUCUCCCACCUCAUGCUCGUCCCCACGGUCCGCGUGCCGUUGCGCGGGGAAUAGAGACUAGCUAGAAUUUCUUAGUAGCUUGAUGGUCCUAGCUUGAUGACCCUUGUGAUCUUUGAUUAGUGCCCAGGCUGGCCAUGUGAUCAUGUGCGUAAUCACGUUGUGAUGAGUUGAUUACCCGCUCCAAAUUAUCUUUGGAACGGGCUACACGUGGAAAUGUGUGGUUACUGGUUACAAUU